GUUCUAGGAGACCAAUCUCUCUCUCUCUCUGCUGUGUCUUUUCUGUUCUCCUCUAUCGUUCGUCUGUUUAAAUUUGGGCAGUGUUUCAUCCACAAAUCUCUCCCCCCUUCUCUCUCUCUCGUCCGCCUUGAAAUUUUCCCUUCCCUUUUGGCCUCCGUCUCGUUCAUUCAUUCAUUCAUUCUUCUUCUUCUGGUGUUUCUUCAUCUGGGUCUGGGGGGUUUGGUUCAAGAGCUGACGAGAAAUGAGGUCAUGGCGUGAAUGGGUCUGGUCCUCCGUCGUGGCUUCUAACUCUCGAAAGCUUCUCUUUUGACGCCCGCCCAACGACCCUUCCGCCUUUCUGACUUCUCCUCCUGCCGCAGACAGGGGGGGAAUUCUGAAGAAUGUUAUUUUGGACCAUUGCAUUGUCAAUUUUGGAGGGUGUUUGAUUUAAAAAUGAAGAAUCAAGAAUCAGAAUCAGCAUACGAAUAGGAAUGCAAUUAGGACUUGAAUUUUCUGUUUUUCUGCUAUAAGUUGCCGUCUCGUUUCGUCCCAGUUCUUUACUCUUUUGAACUCUAGUAAUUUUAUCUCUGUGUUGGUAUAGAUCGUUGGAUUUUUGGAGGAUCUUGAUCUCGGAAUUCGAUCUUAAUAAAAGGGUUUCGACAGUUUUGGGUUGAAAUUCGUUUCUGGGUUAGAGCUUUUGUUGGGUAUCGGCUGGCUCAGUUGUCGAUGGAUUCGGCGAAAACGGCUGAUUCGGGUGGAGCAAGAACCCCGGAGUCGGCGGGUUCAAAGAUUAAGGGCUCGGGGAAUUUGAGCAGCAAGGACAUGUUUUUGAGGGCUGACAAGUUUGAUCUGAGGAGUCUGGACAUUCAAUUGGAGAAGCAUCUGAGCAGGGUCUGGUCAAGAAGCGUCAUGGAGAACCAGAGGCCUAAGGAAGAGUGGGAGAUCGAUUUGGCCAAAUUGAAUAUCAGAUAUGUUGUGGCUCAGGGGACUUACGGCACUGUGUACAGGGGCACUUAUGAUGAUCAAGAUGUUGCAGUGAAGUUGUUGGACUGGGGCGAGGAUGGUCUUAACACGGCAGCUGAAACUGCUGCCUUGCGGGCAUCGUUUCAGCAAGAGGUUGCUGUUUGGCACAAGCUUGACCAUCCUAAUGUCACAAAAUUUGUUGGAGCUUCAAUGGGAACUGCGAAUCUUAAAAUUCCUGCAAAGACCGCUUCUGGUGAGGCUUCUGAAUCUCAUCCAACUAGAGCAUGUUGUGUUGUUGUGGAGUAUCUCCAAGGAGGGACUCUAAAACAAUACCUGAUACGGAAUAGCCGCAAGAAACUUGCCUUCAAGGUUGUCAUCCAGCUGGCAUUAGAUCUCUCAAGAGGUCUGAGCUAUCUUCAUUCGAAGAAGAUCGUGCAUCGAGAUGUCAAGACGGAAAACAUGUUGCUAGAUUCUAGCAGGAGUCUAAAAAUCGCCGAUUUUGGAGUCGCACGUGUCGAAGCUCAAAAUCCAAGAGAUAUGACCGGUGAAACUGGAACCCUUGGUUAUAUGGCUCCGGAGGUUCUUGAUGGCAAGCCUUAUAAUCGAAGUUGCGAUGUCUACAGCUUCGGCAUUUGUUUAUGGGAAAUUUAUUGUUGUGAUAUGCCAUAUCCAAAUCUAAGUUUUGCCGAUGUCUCAUCCGCAGUAGUUUUGCAGAACCUGCGACCGGAUAUUCCUCGAUGUUGCCCUAGCGCUCUGGCAAAUAUCAUGCGCAGAUGUUGGGACACAAACCCAGACAAACGUCCGGAGAUGGAUGAGGUGGUUCGUUUGUUGGAGGCGAUCGACACCAGCAAAGGCGGAGGGAUGAUUCCCGAAGACCAGGCUCACGGUGGCUGCUUCUGUUUCCGUCCGGUUCGUGGUCCUUGAUUUUUUUUUCCCCCUCAAUUUUAGAGAAUCAAAAAGGCGGAAUUGUGAAGAUCCCAUUCUCAUUUUGUGUUAAAUUAGGUUAUCACUCCUUUAACCAUUUGUAGUUCAGUUGAAUUAGGUCGAAAGGGGGGCUUGAUGAGUAGUUGUGCUUUUUAGAGAGCUAAAACCGUGCAAGCUAUAUUACUCUGUCCUAUUUAGAUUUUAUUUAAACGAGCGAAUCAUUCUUACCACAA